AUGUUCAGAAGGCAGAAGCCCCUGGCUUCAGAACGCAAGAGAGAAUUAUUUCUCCAGGGAGCCACGCAGCCCCUAUUGAAGAAUGAGAUGAGAAAUUUUCACUCCUUGUCCCGACUUGUCCUCUCCGCCUGCCCUCUGCCUCCAACUGCGGCCGUCAAACACGCCAAAGCUGCCCACGUUGAGAUUGAAGUACUUGAUGCACACACCAGAAAACAGAUCUGCAUUGUGGAUAAGGUGACACAAACAUCUACUAUUCAUGAUGUUAAACAGAAAUUUCACAAAGCAUGUCCAAAGUGGUGCCCUUCCCAGAUUGGUCUGCAGCUAGAAUGCGGUGGGCCUUUUCUGAGGGACUCUGUCACCGUCCACAGCGUUGCAGGCUCCUCCAUCCUCACCCUCUACUUCACAGACCUGGGCCAGCAGGUCCCCUGGAUCACAGUAUUUUUGGCUGAAUACACAGGACCUCUGCUUAUAUACCUCCUUUUUUAUUUGAGGAUCCCAUAUAUCUAUGAUGUGAAAGAGAGUGCUAGAAGUUCACGCCACCCCGUGGUACACUUGGCUUGUGCCUGCCACUGUGUCCACUACAUCCGAUACCUUUUGGAAACUUUAUUUGUUCACAAAGUCUCUGCAGGGCAUACACCUUUGAAAAAUCUGAUGAAGAGUUGUGCCUUUUACUGGGGGUUCACUGCGUGGAUGGCCUACUACAUCAACCACCCCCGGUACACACCACCAUCAUUUGGAAACAGGCAAGUGCUGGUAUCUGCUGUCGGUUUUCUGAUUUGUGAAGCUGGAAACCAUUUCAUCAAUGUGAUGCUGUCUCAUCCCAGUCACACAGGAAAUAAUGCCUGUUUCCCAAGACCAAACUACAACCCCUUCACAUGGAUACUUUUCCUGGUUUCAUGUCCUAACUACACCUAUGAGCUUGGAGCCUGGAUUAGUUUCACAAUCAUGACACAAACAUUACCAGUUGGAAUUUUUACACUUUUGAUGAGUAUCCAGAUGUCAUUAUGGGCACAAAAGAAACACAGGAUCUAUCUGAGGAAAUUCAACUCAUAUAUGCAUAGAAAAUCAGCGAUGAUUCCACUCAUAUUGUGA